UCUGGAAUUGAUUUUAAUUUGGUGUUGGAAACUUAGCUUAGUUUUUUGGUUUUGUUACUUUCCAAUUACAUUACACUUGAUUUUAUUUAAACGCUUCAUUUUGGAUUACAUUUCAGGACUUACUGUUUGUUUGUUUUUGUUAAACAUGACUUUGCUACACGAUUUCAUAAGUGUGAUCCUUGACAUGAAAAAGUAAACCUAAAUUAGCUGAAAGUAAAUCCUGAGAAGAACUUUCAUUUCAUGUGAUGCAGCACAAAGUGCCAAAGGCAGUUUAUAACUACUGCAGGCUGGGCAGGCUCCUGGCUGGGGCUGCUGUGGGGCUGAGAGCAGUGAGAGGGGGCUGUGACAGCACAGCAGCACUAAUUCUGUCUGCCCCGGGGUGGGCACAUGGUCAUGUUUCUCAUGCCUUGCUACAUGGUGAAAAUUCUGUGCCAGCUGUAGAGGGUGAGACAACAGCUAUCCUGAGGAAAGUGUGACAAAAAUCCAUCAAUAGUACUAAAAAACCACAAACUUGUGGAAGUCUAGACUGGGUCAGCACUUAGUAUCUGGAACAUUGGGCACCAAAGCCCUUUUCUAGCUGUAACUUUUUCAGCCUUAAGCUCUUCUCCUGGAAAAUUUCUUUUAUUUCACAAAGUUCUAUCCAACAGGAAUUUCAUUCAGGUUAUUUGGUUGGCCCACACGCAAUAAAUUUUAGGAUAAAGAUCUAAAUUAGCACAAUUAACUUUUGUCUUACAAAUUUCUAUCCUGUAGGCAUAUAAUUCCUUGUCAGUAGUCAUAUUGGAGACAAAUGGGAUUGCUUAUCCAGGUAAACACUGCUUACAGUGUUUUCAUUAACUUCUAGGCACAAAUCUUAACAACAGAGAAAUAAUAGACUUCUGCAGGACUUACAUGAGUGGGAUAGUGAAUGUGCAUCUCUGCAUUAAGGAUGCAGAUCUCGAGUUCUUUCCAGUUUAUCUUAUGCAAAUCUCUUGAAUCAGAUGAUUUUUAUUAUUCUUUCUGUUGUAGGAAACCUGUUCUUAAAUGGGAUAAUGCUGAAUAUUUUCCAGUAGAUUAGUUCAUAGUAAUUGGCUUUUUAUUUAACAACAUUUUGUCUGUUUCAGCUAACCAUGUCUUUAAAUUCAUCUACACUUUUAAAUGAAGGAAAUGCUCAAGGAGCAAAAAGAAAUACUGAGUGUUUGGAAAGCCUACUGCAGAGUCCAUCAUCUAUUCAAGAUAAUCCACUUCAACAAUUACAGUUAGCAUCCCAGGAAGUACUGGAAAAGGCAAAAAAGAGUGGGAGAUCAAAAUGCCCCCGAUGCAAUAGUUCAAGGAUGUUCUAUUGUUAUACAUGCUUUGUUCCUGUUGAAACUGUCCCUACCAAAGAAAUUCCAACUGUGAAGUUGCCUUUGAAGAUUGACAUUAUUAAACACCCAAACGAAACAGACGGCAAAAGCACGGCUGUGCACGCUAAGCUCCUGGCACCUGAUGAUGUUACAAUUUAUAAAUACCCCUGCAUUCCAGAGUAUGAAGAGAAGAGACAUGAAAUAGCACUUAUAUUUCCUGGCCCAAAUUCAGUUUCAGUUAAAGAUAUUGCUUUCCAUCUCCAAAAGUACACCAAGAAAAGUGUCUGUUCUAGUGAUGAUGACUGUUCCAGAGAGCCCCUUCCUAAACAAGCAAAAAUAGAACCUGAAGAAGAAAAAAAUCCAAAUGAAUGCAUCUCAAGCAGCAGGAGUGAAGGCAGUAGACUGAAGAAAAUAAUAUUUAUUGACAGUACCUGGAAUCAAACUAACAAGAUAAUAACUGAUGAACGACUUCAAGGGUUACUGCAAAUUGAGUUGAAGACAAGGAAAACUUGCUUUUGGCGUCAUCAGAAGGGAACACCAGAUACAUACCUUUCCACAAUAGAAGCAAUUUAUUAUUUCCUUGUGGACUAUCAUCAGGAGAUUUUGAAAGAGAGCUACAAAGGACAAUAUGAUAAUCUGCUUUUUUUCUUUUCAUUUAUGUAUACAUUGAUUAAAGAUGCCAAGUGUUGUGCAGGAAAAAAGUAAGCUGUCUGUCGGUGCAUGACACUACUUUUUUUUGUAAUAAUAACCUGCACAAACAUAACUAGGUUUUUUUUUUUGGAAAUAGACUGUCCUCUAAAUAAUGUCCAGAAGUGAGCUGCAGACCUCCUCCUGCAUGCUUGAGGUUGUAGAACUGCUCACAUGAGCAGUCUUAUUAGAGUUACUUACUUGAAAACAGUUACAUUUUCCUAAAUAUUGCUGUACUUCAACCUACAGGCCUGAUGUGCUCACUGUGAUGAGCAUGUUUCCUGAGAUGGGAGUGGAGGACCUGACCCCUCCUGCUGUAAGGAGUGAUCUCUUAACUGUAAGAAGGAAUUAGCAUGCUGGCUUUUCCAUUGUUACUAAUACUUCUGUCAGUUGGUUUCUUUGUGGUUUACACAGCAAUACAGAUUUUGCCUUCAUGGCAUCAAAGGCUUACUGAGUGAGCAGAUGGUGUUUACUUGCUGGGGUGAGUGGCAGCAAUAGAGAAUGAAAGAGCAUAUUAAUUGAAUAUGAAUUAUAUAUUUUCAUGAUUAAUUCUGGAAAAUUCUUCUAGUAAUAAAAAAGUGGUCUCUUUAAACACUAUUACACAAUGUAUGAUUUCUGUAGUACCAUUCAUGUACUCUUAUAUUAGGAUUAUUCUCAAAUUCUUGGGUAAUUUUAGACUUCUUCAAACAAAUUUAGUUAAGUGUUUAUUACUGUUAUAUAUUACCAUUAUUUGAGGGAGCACUAACCUAACAAAUGUCACUAUGGCAUAUUGUAGGCACCACAAAUACUGGUUCUGACCACAAUAUUUCUGACAAGGCUUCCUUAAACUAGGCAGGCUGUGAAUCUGCUCUGCUUUUCCUUUUGCAGUAAAGGGGCAGAUUAGAAGAGUCUCAGCAAGACUUUGUGCUGAUGGGAGUUUUGUCAUGGUUGUAGUGCUGCUGUCAGAGUCAUCAGGUGUGAAUGCAGUUUUGCCAAGCUACACCAGCACAGCCAGUGCUGGCAGAGGGAACAGACUUGACCUUUCAGCAGAGUUAUAUGAAUAUAUUUUAGAUCGUACAUUGAUAAUUAUAUUCCUAAGGUAGAAAAAAAUAUUAUUAAAGGUACAAUAUAAGAUGGAUAAAUAUUUCUGGAUAUUCUUAGAAAUGCGUUACUUAAGAUAAAAUAUAUCUUGUCAAAGUAACAGACUGAAAAAUUACAAUAGAUUAUUUUUUAAACAAAACAUCAGAGUUUUUGUUAUCAUUUGUAGCAUACUCUCUAGGAGGUCACUCACACACCCUUGGUGAACAUAGAAAUAAUGUCUUGGAAAAUACUUCAAGAAAAUGUUUUUAUACUUACACAGCAGUCCAUACAGGCUCAAAUAGCUGGUUUGUAAAAAAGAAACUAGCAUUUUUAAUAGUGAAAAAACUCCUGCAUUUCAAGGUGAAAUAUUAAUAUUGUUUCAAACACAAAAUACAAAUACACUCUCUUACAUCAUACCUCAUAUUGGCAUGCUUAUCUGUACAAGCACAUAUAAAAAUGUAUUGCAGUGGACAACAAAAACAUAUCCCCAUCUGCAGAACAAAAUGCUGGUUGUAUUAUGAAAUUAUGAAAUGUGCAUGAACUAUAACAGCACCACAGGAAACACAGGCUUGAAGUAAGAAUUAGAAAGAUAAUUUUUAUAUCUACCUAUAUAUUGAGCUCAUGUGCCAAGCAAUGAGAACAAUCAGCAGUUGUGUCUCAGUGCUAUUGAAACAACACUGCCUAUUCAUUUGGUACUUAUUGCUAUUGAGAGGUUAUUUUGCCUUUUUAAAAUGAUUCAUGUUACUUCCUUUGGUAUGAAUUUUGAUAGUCUUUUGACAUUUCCAUCUGUACUUGUAUUUCUUAAACAAAGAUUGUUGUUGGUUUUUUUUUUAAUCACACAAGUAUAAUAGUUUGAGAAGGAAACUUUCACCCACUUUAAACAAACAAAAAUAAAAUUAACCCACUGACCUAAUGUUUUACAAGAACCAGAGAGAAAAAUCUGGGGGGAGAUG